AUGAGACCCUUCCGAACCAGCUCGCUCCUGCUCUGUGUGGUGGCCGCCGCCGCCAUCCCCAUCGUGCCCUGGAAGGUGAAAUGCCCGCCGCAGUGCGUCUGCCAGAUCCGGCCCUGGUACACCCCCCGCUCCGUCUACCGGGAGGCCGCCACCGUGGACUGCAAUGACUUGUUCAUCUCCGCCGUGCCCGAAGACCUGCCGGAGGGGACCCAGACCCUGCUCUUGCAGAGCAACAACAUCGCCAGGCUGGAGCAGAGUGACGUGGGCUAUCUCAGAAACCUCUCUGAGUUGGACCUGUCGCAGAACAGCUUCUCCGAUGUCUGGGACUUUGGCCUGAAGAGCAUGCCGCAGCUGCUCAGCCUGCAUCUGGAGGAGAACCAGCUGGCUGAGCUGCCCGACGGCAGCUUCCCUGGGCUGGGCAACCUGCAGGAGCUCUACCUGAACCACAACCAGCUCCGCAGGAUCGCUCCCCACGCCUUCGCAGGCCUCGGCAGCCUCCUGCGCCUCCACCUCAACUCCAACCAGCUGAGGACGGUCGACAGCCGCUGGUUCCAGAUGCUGCCCAGCCUGGAAAUCCUCAUGAUCGGAGGCAACAGGGUGGAUGCUAUCUUGGAUAUGAAUUUCAGGCCCUUGUCAAACCUGCGGAGCUUGGUUUUGGCCGGGAUGAACCUGAGGGAGAUCUCAGACUAUGCGCUAGAGGGGCUGCGAAGCCUGGAGAGCCUCUCUUUCUAUGACAACAAGCUCAUGAACGUCCCCAAGCGGGCCCUGCAGCAAGUUCCUGGCCUCAAGUUCCUGGACCUGAACAAAAACCCCUUGCAGAGGGUCAGGCAAAGUGACUUCACCAACAUGCUGCACCUCAAGGAGCUGGGGCUCAACAACAUGGAGGAGCUGGUGUCCGUAGACAAGUUUGCCUUGAUCAACCUCCCCGAGCUGACCAAGCUGGACAUGACCAACAACCCCAAGCUGUCCUUCAUCCACCCCAGCGCCUUCCACCACCUGCCCCAGAUGGAAACCCUCAUGCUCAACAACAACGCCCUAAGUGCCUUGCAUAAGCAGACGGUCGAAUCCCUACCCAACCUGCAGGAGAUCAGCAUCCACGGCAACCCCAUCCGCUGCGACUGCGUCAUCCGCUGGGUCAACAGCACUGAGAACCGCAUCCGCUUCAUCGAGCCCCAGUCCACGCUGUGCGCUGAGCCCCCCGACCUCAAGAGGAGGCACAUUCGGGAUGUCCCCUUCCGGGAGAUGACGGACCGCUGCCUGCCCCUCAUCUCUGCCCGGAGCCUGCCCUCGCACCUGGAAGCGGUGGACGGGGACGACGUCUCCUUGCACUGCCGUGCCCUGGCAGAGCCAGACCCGGAGAUCUACUGGGUCACCCCCUCGGGGGUUAAGCUGGUCCCCUACGUGGAAGACGGGCGCUACAAGGUGCACCCCGAAGGGACGCUGGAGAUUGCCGGGAUCUCGGCUCGGGAGGCUGGGCUGUACACCUGCGUGGCUCACAACCUGCUUGGGGCGGACACCAGGAGUGUCAGCGUGACGGUCAACAGCUCCUUCCCGCUCAGCGAGGCCAGCCUGGAGCUGGCAGUGGUGGACGUCCAAGCCUACCACAUCCUGGUAGCCUGGAAGCCGCAUCUCAACACCGUCUCCUCCAACCUCACCUGGUCCAGCUUCUCGCUCAGCUCCAACUCAGACAUGACCAACGUGGCCCGCAUCCUGACAGGGACCCACGCCUACAACAUCACCCGGCUCCACCAGGACACGGAGUACUGGGCUUGCCUCCACGUGGCCUUUGUAGACUUGCAGGCCAAGGUGGCUUGCGUGAACGCCAGGACUAAAGAGGCCACCCGCCGCUACGGGCCCCUGGGGGACAGGCAGAGCCUCCUUACCCUGCUGGUGCUCUGCGUUCUGCUGCUCGCCGCUGGCCUGGUGGCUCGCUGCGGCCUCGGGGACGAGCCCAGGAGGGCCGGGGAGCUCCCGCAGGACGCAGUGGCCGUGCGCGUGGUUUAUCCCCACCUCGCCCCACACUGGGCUCGGGGGCCUCGUGGCGGGCAGCUCCUGGCCGUGGAGGUGCAAGCGGCACCCCUGGACUCCUGA